UUCACAUUUACUUGCAGUAAGCGGGCAGGGGCUGAACGGGGCGCUCGUACGAAAGGAGUCGUGAGCUCUAUAUGACAAGGAGCCUCCCAUGACAAGUGCAGCUGGAGGGAAUUCCCUAGCGCAGGUCUGUGUGACAGAGGCAGGGGACUCCGCCAGCUGCCCAGUGCCGUGAAACCCGCAGAGCUGCGCUGUGUCCCGCAUAACUCUGCGCAUGACGCGCUGCACUUGCUCCUCUUUAUUCUCUGCGUCAUCUCGUCAGGGGGGCAGCCACUCACCUGCCCUCCACUUGUCUCCGUACAAUGCCAACGCUGAAAUAAAAGAAAGAAGUGAAGGGAGCCCUUCUUUGGAUUGUUUUGGUGACUUCUAUACGCUCUUCGUUCGUGCGUCCUAUGUGGAUUUAUCUGUUGCUACUGCGUCAAGCCCCGGACAGGCUCCGCUGACCCUGCCACAUUGAUGAGAGGUGGAGGGAAGACCCACCCCACAUGAAGAGGCAUUCUGUGCCUAACCAGUCUCGUGCUUAUGAUGGUUUGGAGAUGGAUUCUCCAGCUCUGGUGACUCGAAGGGAACCUGAGGAAUUUAAUGAGCUUCUGGACUUUGAUUUUAUCUUGUCCAAUUCCCUUAUCCACCAAGAGUCCAUGACUGUGGGUUCUUCUUCUUCAUCUUCGUCGGUCACUGCUUCCUCACCUCCACCUCCUGCCACACUUCCUGAUACAAUGUCUGCUCUCUCGUCUACCACUUGCAACUUUGUAUACCAGGUACGUUGUCCCCAGGAAUCAUCAGGGGGCACCCUUAUGUACAAUGCAAGGGAUCCUACUAUGUCCAGUGCCACUUUCAACCUGGCGGAUAUAAAUGAUGUUUCACCUUCAGGGGGUUUUGUGGCUGAACUGAUGAGACCUGACUUGGACCCAGUAUUUAUGCAACAACAGCCACAAGCUAGCUUGCAAGGUAAAUUUGUUCUAAAGACAACUGUUAGCAUGGGUGAUUAUGGCCAAACCAUCAGUGUUAGGAAAAACAACUCUGGCAUAGACAGUCCCUUGUCUUACACUACUCACCAGCUUCCUAGAGUGUGCCAAAAGAUCAAGCAGGAACCUUCUUCAUCUUGCACUUCAGCAUGCCCAAUGGAUGGACAGGGCCAACAGUCACAAAGCAUGCGUGAGUUUCAAGCAGGAAGGGGUCUACCAAUUAGGACUAACCAAUCUUUGUCCCCAGAAGAGCUGAUGGGCAGAGACUGUCAUUCUUCCUCUCAGACAUUAAGUCAUUCUUCAUUGCCAAUACCUCCAGCCUACCACACCUCUGCCAGUUUUUCCCACUUCACUUCAGAUCAGCCGCAGACACAAUUGCCUCCAACCCAGCUACAAUAUCAAGAGCUUUUGACAACUGGGGGUUGUAUACCAGAGGAAUCUAAACCCAAGCGGGGUCGAAAAUCCUGGCCUAGGAAAAGGACUGCUACUCACACCUGUGAGUAUGCAGGUUGCGGAAAGACCUAUACCAAGAGUUCUCAUUUAAAGGCUCACUUACGAACUCAUACAGGUGAAAAGCCAUACCACUGUGAUUGGGAAGGAUGUGGGUGGAAAUUUGCUCGCUCAGAUGAACUGACCCGGCACUACAGAAAACACACAGGUCACAGGCCUUUCCAGUGCCAGCGAUGUGAUCGAGCUUUCUCUAGGUCUGACCACCUUGCUCUGCACAUGAAGAGGCACUUCUAAGUACUGCAUGUCUUGUACUGCCAUGAAAUUCAGAGCUUGCGCUAUAUUUGGGCAAAAGGAAUAACACAAGCACUACAAGUUAUAUAGCUGUAUUAUGGGACCACUGAUAUGUAACUUAACAUACCAUCUAUCUUCAGAACUGGAAGAAUGCAAACGUUAAAGUGGGAUUUUGACUGGAUCUUCAAGCAUUCCGUGUUCAUUUUUAUAAAAUGACUUGAAUCAUCAGACUACAACAUUGUUAUAAGUGACUGGAAUGGACAUUUUGGUCAACCAUUCAAGCUUAGAGGGCAAUGCUACAAGUUACCAAAUAAGUUUAUGUAACUUUUGAGGAAUUAAUGCAAUCCUUCAAGAGAAAAAUCACAACUACAAACUUGUAUUUUUUCAUUCCUAAUAAUUUCUAACUAAUCACAAAAACAGGAAAAUUUUCAGGUACAGAAUGUUGCUGGAAGGAUUGAAAUUAGUUAAUGGUGCUUACAGACUGAAGCUUUUAAUGGUACCAAAAUGAAGCCAAAGUUCUCAAACUGCUGCAUAUCUGACAAGGAAAUCUAUUUUUGUCUUCCGAUAUACAAGUAUGACCAAAGUCAGGGAUAGAAACCUGAUUUAUUUUGUUAAUAUAUAUAUAUGUAUAUGCAGACAGUAUGUGACGCACUGUGGUUUCUAUGUGCAAUAAUUU